AAAAUAACCCAAAAUGUUUUAGUCUAGCGUUUAAUCUUGAAAGCAUGGGUAUUUUAAUUUAGAGAGCUCUGCACCAUUGUUACUUUUACGAGAAAAAGGGAGUUUUAUAAUUGCAUUUCUCCUCAGAUUCAGAGCUUUAAUCUGCAAAUUUAAUGGCGGAGCUCUCUAAGAAAGUGGAAGAAAGGAGCUGUACUGGAGAAAUUGAAAAUAAAAAUGUCAGCAAGCCUGGUUCUCUUCAUGGUUAUGAGUCGCUUUACCAGCUCCUUGAAUCUUCUCUCAAACCGGAGGUCUUUCAGGAAGUCAGCCGUUUGCUUUUGGGUUUGAAUUGUGGAAAACCUCUUGAACGAUUAAACUUGCCAGUCUCAGCUACUGCAAUUUCUUCAAAGUCAGAUUUUGACAUACAGGCUUAUCGUUUCCAUACUGAUGAAGAGCAUGAGCGGAAACCUCGAGUUGUCCGAGUUGGUCUCAUCCAAAAUUCUAUUGCUAUUCCUACCACUUUACCUAUGCCUCAUCAAAAAAAUGCAAUUAUGGAGAAGAUCUUACCCAUGAUUGAUGCAGCCGGUGCCUCUGGGGUGAACAUCUUAUGCUUACAGGAGGCUUGGAUGAUGCCUUUCGCAUUUUGUACUCGAGAAAAGAGUUGGUGCCAAUUUGCAGAGCCUGUGGAUGGUGGAGAAACCACAAAGUUUCUGCAGGCCCUUGCACUGAAGUACAAUAUGGUUAUAGUUAGCCCAAUUCUUGAAAGAGACAUCGACCAUGGAGAGACCAUUUGGAAUACUGCAGUUAUUAUUGGUAAUCAGGGCAACAUUAUGGGGAAACAUCGAAAGAAUCACAUCCCAAGAGUUGGCGAUUUUAAUGAGAGCACAUAUUAUAUGGAAGGUAAUACUGGUCAUCCUGUUUUUGAGACCUCAUUUGGAAAGAUAGCUGUGAAUAUUUGCUAUGGGCGGCAUCACCCUCUGAAUUGGUUGGCUUUUGGCCUUAAUGGUGCUGAGAUUAUCUUCAAUCCAUCUGCUACAGUUGGUGAGCUCAGUGAACCAAUGUGGCCUAUUGAGGCCCGUAAUGCAGCCAUAGCCAACAGUUAUUUCGUUGGAUCCAUCAACCGGGUUGGCAUCGAAACCUUCCCAAACCCAUUUACUUCAGGAGAUGGUAAACCCCAACACAGCGAUUUCGGUCAUUUUUAUGGCUCCAGCUACUUUUCAGCACCGGAUGCCUCUUGUACCCCAUCUCUCUCUCGUUACAGAGAUGGCUUGAUGAUCUCAGAGAUGGACCUCAAUCUGUGUAGACAGGUUAAAGAUAAGUGGGGAUUUCAAAUGACUGCCCGUUAUGAGAUGUAUGCGGAAGAACUCUCUCACUAUUUGAAACCAGAUUUCAAGCCUCAUGUUAUUACUGAUCCACUGUUGCAGAAGAGAGCUUAAUGGAGAUUUAAUGGUUCAAUUUCAAAAAAAAGAUAAAAGUUGAGGUGGGUAAGUUUCUUUCUUUAUGGUUAUCUGAAUUGCAUGUGCUUGACCGACUGAAGAUGGUUUGCCUAAGGAUUUAUUUCUUGCAUUUGAAUGGUCUUCGUUAAAGGUUAUUAUGGUUUUUCUAAGUAUUAUGGUUUUUCGGAAUUGUGCCUGCAAUAUGCAGAAAUUAGUCAACCCUAAUUAAUUAGGAAAAGGCCGUGAUGAUGAUGAUAUUACAGAAAUUUACAAGAUGGAUUGCUUUGCUUU